CAGUGCCCAGAAUCGAGGUAAAGGAAAAUAAUUUUUUCAUUGGCAAGUCAUUUGCCGAAUUAUAAUUUCGGCGGAAUGGGUAUAUACCAUUGAACAUGAAGAUUUUUGCUGCUUGCACAGAAAUUUACAUGUGGUUCCUGAACAUGAUCAGAUUGGACAAAAAUAUGAAAUAGUUUUGCCACAGUGAUAUGUAUCUUACCUUCUGGUGCUGCUUAAGCAAAGCAAACUGAGCUUUUAUUGCAAGAAACAUCAUCAUGGGAACCAGAGCAGCUUCUUUCACUGCCAAGAUCCGUAUUCUGAAGGACUAUCAGUACAGGGUGGUGAACAACCUCCCCCCUGUGCCCACGGGGACUGAUGUGGCCAAUACACUCAAGUACUUCUCACAGGCUUUGCUAGGAGUUCUGAAGGAGGUACCCAGCAUGCCCACUGAGAUAUUUGGUGCCAGGCAGAGAGAUAGUAUCCGGCUGUCUGUGUUUCCUAACCUGAACUACUCUGGCCUGUACUAUGCUGUCAUGACUGUCAUUGAUAUUGUCCCUAUGGUGCAGAUUGGGCAGCUAGCUUUGGCAGAGGCUACUCUCCAUGUCCUGUGUUGCCUGGUCCCCUUCUUGGAGUACGACCUCCUGGACAGUCUGCCAUACACAGUGGCCUCCACACUGGCCUGCUUCCCAGCUAGCCUACAGAAAGAGACCAUCUUGUUACUGUGCACUCACCUGUUGCCUCUGACCCUAGGCCAUGUUGGAAUGCGUGACAUGUGCACCUAUGCCACAGACUCUGUGCCUGCAAUCAUCAUGCUGGUCUUCCAGUACACAGAUAAAGAAGACUACCACACCCAGCUUUUGGAGUGCUUAAUGAGUUUGAAGAAAGACAUCUCCAAGGAUUUACUGAAUGUCAUAGCCUAUGGUCCCCCAGCCUCCAGGGCACCUGCUGCCAAUCUACUGUUUAGAUACUGGCCCCAGAUGAGUCCCAAUACUAGGGAGAAAAAGGGGAUAGUGACAAAAGUACCAGCCACUAAUCCAUUCACAUGCCAAAGAGAGCUGUGUCCCAAUGCUAGAGCUGGACCUGCACCUGCAAUUAAGCUGUGUAUCCACCCUGCAGUAUCAGUACAGUCAGGUCGGCCUCCUCCACUGUAUAUAUGCCAGGACUGCAUGGAUAUCCUAGCCAGGGAGCACUCUGGAGAUAUACAGGAUAUGUUACUGCCCAUGGAACAGGUGUCCUCUGUCUGUGAAAACAAGAAUUGUGCUUCAAAUGAAAACCUCGCUGUGUGCACCUGCUUCCACCUAGCAUGUGCCAGUUAUAAUGGGAACCGACCCAUACGCUUCUGUGCCAGUUGCCAUGUCAACAGGCAUUACAACAAGGAUGGACAGCACCAUGUUGUCCAGAGCACACUGCCCAACAUAUGGGGCACCUCUGACCAGGAACUGCAACAUUAUAUGGUGGAGGCCAUUGUCAGUUUGUUAAAAGAAGCUCAGCCACCAGAAGAGAAGAAAGUUCUAGAGGCCAGUGGCACCCAUGUCCAUGCUUCCUGGGGUGACAUACGGGAGAAUGGGGCUGAGAACAACAAUGAUGACAGGAAGAUACUUAGUAGAUAUGGUAUCUGGCUGCUGGUGGAGUUCUGUAAACCUAAGGAAGAAUUACCCAUAGAACUGCUGGCCAGGCUCCUGGGUAUGCUGUUCCAGUGGUUUAAAGACACAACCAACCAAGGCAUGGGAGGGAUAGAUGGAGUGGGCAGUGCCUUGGAAAAGCUUAAAGCUGAGUACAUUUACAACUGGCUUCAGUUGGUGAACAAGAGUCACUUCGAGAUCAUGCUGUCAUGUCUUCUACCUCAUCCUGUGGAAUAUGCCAGAGUGGGAGGUCCAUGGGACACUCUGGCUAACAGGACCACUCUGAAAGAAGGAUUGAACAAACUAUUCUGCUUAGUGCCAUAUGACCUUGUGACCUAUGAGGUGUGGGACUACAUCAUGCCGUACUGGUUGGAGUCCAUCAGGACAGAGGUACCGAGAGAUGAGCUACAGGAGCUCAAAAUACUUCUCAAUAAGAUGUUUGAUAUAUUAAUGGGACCGUUGCCAUUAUUGGUGGACAAGAUGUACCACUUUGUCUGGGAGAGGUUUGAGGACCCAGACCCCUCUGUUCAAGAACAGGCUUUACAGUGGUUACAGAUCCUGUCAUCUCUGGAGAUUGUGGUCCCAAUAUCCCUGGUGAUUAGUAUGCUGAAGACGGCUACCAGUUCUAUCAGUAUGACCCCCAUCUUCCACCACCCUCCCUCCCGCUGUGGCUCCAGGCAGGGGUCACCCACGCUGUCACAUAAGGGAGUGGCCUAUGUGGCCCCCGAGGAUUUCAAUGAGACCAGAGUGAUCAGUGUGUCCUGCUAUAUUUUGAUGCUGGAUGUAAUGUUGAAACAAAUUGAGCUGAACAGGACACACCCCCAUGUAGGAGUGAAUGAGAACACCAACAAGGACAUGAUGACCCAGUUAGUGGUGAUGCUGAAGUCCCCCUGGGGUGGCACUCACACCUGCAGUGAAGAGGAACCUUGUAGUGGGUGUGAGAGCUGUGAGCUGUAUACUGUCUGGUACCAGCUGGCUUGCAACGUCCUCAAACACAUCUCAGCCAAAAAUGAGAUUCAGCUACCAAAGAAAGAAUUGCCUAGGAUUGAGGAGAUUCAGAAAAGAGGAGGGUCUCAUCAUAGACAAGAGGAAAAUUUAAAGAUAUACCAAUCUAGAGGGAUUAACACAAAACAUAGGAAAAGUGCGGGAAAAGAAGAUAACCUCGCCAAGUUGAUGGAGCGCAAGUUGACAAAGUCCAUGUCAGAGCCACCAGAACCCGAGUAUGAGCUGAAGGAAGAAGAGCUUCCUCCACAUCUCCAGUUGUUACAUGCUUUACUGAAGGAGCUGUACACACAGACAGAUGCUGAUGUAUUGUUCUAUGUCCUGAAAGCGUUAAGAUACCUGUGUCUCCAUGCUGAGUGCCUGAACCUGGCCCUUAAAGACAAUGAGGAGUAUGUGAAGUACUGUCUGAAGAAGUUUCUGAUAAUUGAGCUAUGGAAAAUCUUACAGGCAGAGCACUCCCAGUUGGCCUCUAUCUGUGUUCCCAUACUCCUGCACUGCCUGACCCUCCCCACUGGCUCUGACAUCAUGUGGCGUAUUGUGGAACAGGAUUUCCAGAAUGAAGACUGGCGAGCAAGAUUCUCUGCAGUGGAAAAGGUGUCGGUGUUGCUACGCUAUGUCCGGUGUGAGACUGUGAAGGAAAACCAGGUCCUGUUGACCACCCUGGCCCAUGCCUUCUGUCACCUGAUUGAGUCCCUGAAUGACAUCAACUGCAUGGUGGCACAGAAAACUAAGUUUUACCUGGAGACACAGAAGAAGAGCUCCAUUAAGUGUUUGUGUAUGUGCCUGGAGUUCCAGUUUGACUCAGUGAUCAAUGAUCGCACCAUGAUACUGCAGAGAAUGCAGAUCUUGUCCAAUGUGCUGCCUGACCUGGGAAUCCUGAGCUGGGAGUUCUUCCUUCAUCGCUUUGAUGCUCUCUCUCUGGAGGCCCAGAUUGAUCUGGAGAGCAGUGGGGACAUAUCACACCCAACAGAUCUGGUGAGCAGUGACAGAGAAAGUGAGCAUUUCUUACAGAAGUUGAACAGAGCCAGGUUUGCGCUGGCCAGGACCGACAGUGUGAGAUCUGUCAGUGCCAGUCUCUAUGGCAACAAGCCGCCAUUCAGGAAGGCAUCCUCCAUGCCUUUGUACGGAACCCCCCGGCCAGGUGUGUCUCCUUCUAAUCGGGGAACCUCUGUUUCUAUGUCAGCCUCUCCUAAAGUCCUCCCGAAGUGGAAAGUGUUGAUGUACAUGCAGCGGUGGUGGCUGUCUCACCAUCAACCUGCAGAAUCCACUCCUCCCUCUCACACAGAGUCCCACCCAGACCAAUCGGCUGGUAAAAUGCUACUUUGCCGUGGAAGCUUGAUUACACUCAUAAUAUAUAAAAGAAUAUUUGUGCUUGCUUGCUCUUGCGGUGGUGAUGGACUAACUCCUUGGCUUCUUAUUGCAGUGAUGGUUUGGGUGCUACCUCUGCGGCUUUGUUUUCUCUAUCCUGUCUUCACAUCUUUUAAGAAUGAAUUGCAGUGUAAGACACAGCAAGUUGUGAUAUCAUUUAAUAGUGACUGUGCUGUUUUAAAGGUUUUGAAAUGUAUGCAGUCUUCCCACCUCUCCAUUAACGUAGAGAAACCCUGCAUUAGGCAGCAGUCGGCUCCCCAGUUUGGCCGUAGAGGAACUCGCUCUGGGCUCAGUAUAUUUGGAAGCUAUAUGCUCUCAGGGGUUGGUGGGUACCUUAGAGAGUUCACUGACCAGCAGAGUAAUUUCUCUGCCCUGCUACAGAAGGCAAUGGACCUGGAGGGGGUGGACAGGGAGACGGUUCAUAAGGUUACUGCUCUCCUGAUGAAGUUCAUGAUGAAUAGUGAUCAAGAGAUAGUAAGCAGUGACAAAGAAGAGAGCAAAUACCAGGACAUUGUUCUCCGACAUCUCAAUGUACUUCUUGGCUACAACCAGAGUGAGAAGGCUUUCAGUGUGCCACCAUAUAAACUAAGAUGUUCAGCGACAGUAAAUGCUUUCCUAGCAGGUCUGCCUCAUGUCCUGGACAGGAACUUUGAGCUGGGUAACACUAUUCUGCCAGUAGCUGUGAUACUACUGCAGUAUGUUCCCUCUCCCCAGAGAUAUGCCAGUGAUUACCAGCCCCCAAACUACACUCUGUGGUACCUAGAACCCCAUACCAGGCAGGCUUGGCUCACUGCUCUACUGGUUAUAUUGUAUAAGUACUCUUACAACAAGAGCAGUCCUAAUGCAGAGAUCAUAGAGUUCCUGGUGCAGCUUGCAAUCAACACGGUGUAUGCUCAGCAGCACAGGUGUAAGACUGGGGAGGAAGGGGGAGCCAUGAUGAGCCCUCUCUUGACUAGAAAUGCCAGCAAUGUCUCUACAGUAGAACUAGAGAACAUUGAGGAGACUGAUACCCCUCCUCAGAGCCCAACCUCCCCCGAGGCCACAGUCUCCCUGGAGUCAUCCCUGGGGAUGGCCUCCAUAUCAUUUGGUCACAGGAGGAGGGGGGCUAUUAACACCCCUCUGGAGGAGAGCCCAUCUGAAGUGGAGUCACCAGACACACCACCAAAGAGUGACAGUGACGGACCUGUGACUGGGAAGAAACUGCCAGACUACAGCUUUACAACAGAUGAGACACAAGAAAAGAAAGACACUGAGAAGUUUCCAGCUCCAAAAGCAAGUUCUUUGCUUAAGUCUCCAAAGUCAGGAAACAAAGGGGUAGGGGGGCGCCGUUUUGAACUGCAUGUUGCAGAUGCUACUGAUGCUGGUUAUGCUGCUGGUGAUGAUAACGAUGAUGAUGAUAACGAGGAUGAGAUGACCCUAGAGCAGAGUUUUGAGAUGCACAUCAUGCAGAAGGUGAAGGAAGAUGAGAUGAAGAGAAGACUGGCAGCUCAGCAGGAUGAAGAUGGAGCAGAAGGAAGUGAUGUCGAGGAGAAAACAUUGCAUUAUGGGACAGAAUCUCAUGUGGAGAGAAAGAUGGCUCAGCAGAUCAAGGAGUUUGAAGGAGAGAAAUCCCCCGAAAUUCACCCAGCAGAGCCAGAUGUCCCCCCAGCAGGAGCUGGUGUUAAAGAAGAGGCUGUUGUUGAUAAACCUGAAGGAAAACCCCUAGCCAAGCCUGUCCGCCACAAGCCCCCUAUACCCGUAGAACUCCUGGGACUGGCUACUAGGUCAAAGAGCGAGGACAAACCUGCUGUCUCUGUGGAGAUUGAUAAGAAGGACAACAUCAAGGGUGCAGGACCAGAUGGCAGACCCAGUAGCCUCAUCAAACCAGACAAGCCAGUUAUACCAACAUUAGAAAUUACACAUGAAGAGAUCACAAAGCCAGUUGUUCCAGCAUUUGAGUCUGCCCAGGCAGUCCCCCUCAAACCCACUCUGCCAGCAUUCAAAGCCAAGGCAGAGGAGACUGUGGAACCUGCCCACCCAGUGUUUGAAGUCACUGCUGUGACCAUAGAGGAAAGUGUGAUACUGCCUCUUCCAAAAUUUGAAGUCACUGUGGAAGACUCCUUUCAAGCCACUGUACCAAACAUAGAGGUGGGUCAAGAGGAGACGCCUAAAGAACAAGCUGAUAAGGAUGAAGAGAAGGAACAAGACGAUGCUGCAGGUGGUGGUGAUAAUGUGGCACCACAGUUAAAGGAGGAAGUAGAAGAGGGUAAAAAAGUUGAAGAACAGGCAAAGGUGACUGUUGAACCAGAAGUGACCAAGACUGAAUCUGUAGAAGUAAAAGUUCCUGACAUAUCAACAGAUGCCAUGGUCACUCCAAGCCAGACACCCCAUUACCGCCAAAGAAGAGGGAGAAAGACUGGACUGGCCACCAUAGAACUGCAGAAGAUUAUGCCAGAACUGGCAGAGAAACAUGAACCAGAGAAGUUGAGAAGAAGAAGAAAAGCAGACAUCAUAUCCAAAAGUCAGCAACUCAAACAGAAGAGCCAGCAGUCCAGGUUUGGAAGCGGUGAGCAGCCAAUCAUUGACCGCUGUCCAGAGUGCAAGGCUGUCCUGGAGCAGUAUGAUGAGGACACCAUCAGCCUGUGUAUUGUGUGUAUGGAGGCAUUUGUCCACAGAGAGCCCUCCAUGUCUGCUCCGUACCUACUAGACAUGCUGCAGGCUGUCACUAGAAUUGCUGCCAACAGCCCUUAUCCUUGGCAAAAUGACUGGAAAGUGGUGAUUCCAGGCAGUUCUGUGAGUGUGGCGCGCCAGUUUCUGCGCUGUGUUCUCCACCAGCUGGCACCUAAUGGGAUCUUUCCACAACUGUUUCAAAGCAAAAUUGAAGAGCCAGACUUUAUGAAGACAUUGGCCUCUGCUCUCAUGGACUUCAAUGAACUUAACUGCUAUGCUGCUCUUCAGCACUUAUUAGAGGGAAUGAACAACAAGAAGACCCUCCCACAAGACACCUUAAUGCAGGUUCUGAAUAACCUGUCCAGCUACAUGGAGUGCAUACCCCUGGAGACCACCUCGCCCACCUGGCCAGGGAUUUUAGGCCAGUUUGAGGGGUACUUCAGGAAGCUGUUGCCAGAGCUGCCUGUAGGCUGUGACAUUGCUCCUGUGAUGAAGAUUAUGGCCUCUGUGUUGAAAAUUCCUGGUGUGGCCUCUAAUAAGGGUAUCUUGGAGCCUUUCUCCAAAGUACUGAGUUUUGCCAUCCAGAAUUGUGAACUGUUACUACAACACCUGAUAGAUAUAUGCUCCCUGGCUAACAGAGUCUUCAUCAAGGAAAGAGACAAGGUGUUCUUGGCUAGGACUAUUGUGUUUGAGUUGGUGCAAGCAUUGAAGUUCAGAGCAUCAGUCCCAGAUAGCAAUCUAUUACUUCUGGUGCAGUUUGUGUGUAUUGAUGCUGGGGGUACCAUAACUCCAGGGACAGUGACAGAGGAGUACUGUACUUACUCCUUUAACCCAAUGACCCACCCAGUGGUCAGCACCAGUGCCAGUGAGUGUAUGAAACAGCACCUCAAUGAGUGUGUGGACUUUAUUGCUGACCUUCAUACACUUACCAAAGUCAAGAACAACAUGAAAGGCAGUUCCUUUAAUUUGAAUGAGGACACCCUGGGGAACCAGCUCAAGUCAGGGAUAGCUCAGUACAUAGCCCUGGAGUUCACAAGAGGCAAUGGUCGGGACAACCGUGCAAUCAAUCGCUAUCUGCCAUGGCUGUAUCACCCACCUUCAGCUAUGCAGCAAGGACCCAAGGAGUUCAUUGACUGUAUCACCCACAUUCGCCUGCUGUCCUGGCUCCUGCUGGGCUCUCUAACCCACACUGCCAUUACCCAGUGUUCAGGGCCCAUUAUAUGUCAACCUAUCCCACUGGAGGCCAGUCAGUACAUUGCUGACCACAUCCUGGUUAUCAUGACUGGGUUUGCUGAACAGUCCAAGGCCUCAGUAUUACACAUGAGUUCCUUGUUCCAUGCCUUCAUCUUAUGUCAACUGUGGACCAUGUACUGUGAGAGUCUAGCCUGGCACCAUACAUUUGGCAGUGACACCCAUGAAAUGGCCUCAGAGACAGUGAUGGACUUCUGGGGCAGGGUCACUCCAGGCAUACUACAGUUACUGUCACAUUCUAGAAUGAUGGCUGAGAUGGUGAAUCUUCACUUUUUGUCUAUGAUGGAAGCUCUCCAGGAAUGCAACUCCUCUGUUCUCUCAAAGUUAUUUGCAUUGUGGACUCCAAUUUUCCACUCUUACCAUGGACAGCUGCCUGGUCAUAUCCAAGUCCGCCUUCAGACCUGUCAGAACUGGGCGCCACCAAAGAAAACCAAGGAUGAAGCUGCUCAGAAAUCCAGCAUGUUGCUUACAUGGCUGAAACGCCUACAGUUCAAACUGGGACAGACAGAGAUCCAGUCCUCCUCUGCUACCCAGUUUUAUGCUGUGUAGACUUCCUCUCUGUGUUUGUAUUUAGCUUCAGUGACUGAAACCUGAAAAUAAAAUUGGGUUGAUUUGAAAGACAGUUAUGGUCUGCUAUUUAGGAGACUAAUGCCAUAUUGGAUAAGACAAAUGAUUCAGGUUAAACUGCUGGGAACAGACUCUUUACUCCAAUUUCUCCUUUUCUUAUUAGUUUAUCUGUAAUUGUCAUCAUUAACUGACCUGACUAGGGCAGAUUUCACAUUAGAACUUAAGUCUUAAGUCUUAAGUUUUUCUCAACUUAUCCAAUAUCAUGUCUACUUUGAUGCAGGAUGAAUUUGUAAUAGUCAUUUGUAUAGGAAUACUUGGUCUGUUCCACAAAAAGUAAGAAAUUUGUAAUACUUUGAACAGAUAGUAGCUUUCUCUGAGUGGACUAUAGCUGAUUUUUCCUAGUCAAAAUAAACAAAAACUUGACUAAUUUAUUGAAAAUUUAUGAAAUGGGACUUUGGUGCUGUAUUCCUUUCUACUCUGCUCACUAUGUGAUUGAUGUUUUAAAAAAAUGAAACUCUGGACUAGGUAAUGAAGUGUCAUUUGCAACUUACAUGUGAGCUGUCUUGUCUUUCUGUUUAUACUGAUGUUUCUGCAGGUGUUUGAGUAAAAUGCCUUCAAAUCAAGUUGGCGAACUGAUGUACAGUAUCGUCAUGGUCUGCUUUUUUGGCUAGUUUAUGUGUUUCGUUGCAUGUUGUGUUAUCGAGUUAUUAAUGGACCUAGUUUUACUUAAUUAUUAUAUUAUCUCUGAUGCUUAGAAAGGGUACAUUUUUACUGUUAUUUUUGUUUUAAUGGUAAGUCUUUAUUUUUAGUUUAAAGGGACACAUGAUUUUUUUGCUGAAAAUGUCAUUGAAUAAUACUCUUACAUUGUAGUUGAAUUUAUUUUCAUCUUCACUACCAGUACAUGGUCUUUGUUUGCUGAAUUCUGUAGCUAGGAUAUAUAUUUAUAUACUCUUAUUUUAUACAUGCAUGUAGUAUGUUUAGUGCAUGUUUCAUCAAAUUAUAUUGCUUUUUUAUGUUAAAUAAAUGGUGGUUUGUGCAAUAUUUUUCAUAUCUAGUGUUAGGCAUUGUUUGACUAUUGUCUUACAAGCACUUCCAGUUGGUGUCUUUCACCAGUAGGCGCACUUCUGGUAGGCAUUUAACAAAUAUUAUUUCGUAACUUAAUUUCUAGUGGUGCUAUCUUUGAAAAUAGUGAUAUUAUGAAAAAGAGAACUUCCAUGUAUAUCUGUGAGCUUGAUUCUUCUAUUGGGGUUAGUCAUAUGCGUUGAGAAAACUAAUUUAGAAUAUGGUCGCUUCUUUAGACAAAAUCUGUAUACAACUUGAAAAGUUUUGUAAUAGUAUUUAAGAAUGGAUAUGUUUUUGCUAUGGAGCUUUAUUCCUGUAAUGGUAUUUCUCUUUUAUUUUCUGUCAUACUUUCUAAGUAGGAGAGACAUAUCUACAAUAUACAAAUAUGUUAGAAUUUUUAGACACUUUUACAAUGUAUUGUGUUUUAACUUAAUUAAAAUUAUUUAUUGUUCAUUUUGUCACUUGAAUCUCUAGCAGGUAUCAUUGUAUGUAAAUAGUAAUUAAGAAAAAAAGUAA